AUGGAAUUAUUUCACGCCAUUUCAAAGGCUAAUUUGAAUACCAAAGCUUUAGCUGUCGGUUUGGAUAUAUUGAAAUCUAGUCAUAUUCGAAAGAAAAAAGCUGCUGAAUACUUUGGUUAUAGUGAACCAAUAAGUCGUUCAUAUGAGACAAUUACAAAGAAUAAAGAAAUUAAGACUGUCAAGUACACGUAUGUACCAUUUCUACGUAGCUUGGCGAAUUAUUUACAACUACCAGAAGUUCAAGCUGAUCUUCAUCGUGUUCCUCCUGAUUAUGAUACAAAUUGUAUUCAAGACACUCAUGAUGGAAUAUUUGCGAGAAAUCAUCCAGAUUUUCAAAGAGCAACUUAUUUGAAAAUUGAAUUAAACUCAGAUGAUUUAACAGUUACCAAUCCUAUUUCUCAUCGUGCGCAUUCGAUUUUCUUUUUUUAUUGGUCUCUCUUAAAUGUUUCAAGAGAGAAACGAUCAAAACAAACAUCGAAACGACUCAUUGCAGCUUGCCCAAAAUGGGCAAGAAAAUAUAAUUCAUUAUGUCAUACAAUAGAUGAUUUUUUAAUGGGAAUAAAUCAACUUUCUAGCACCGGUAUCACCAUAAAUAUAAAUGGCAAUGAUGUGACUUAUUUUGGUGGUUUAUUUAUUUCAUUGGGUGAUUAUCCAGCUCAAAUGUCUUUAAACGGAUUCAAAGAAAGUGUUGCCGCUACACAUUUUUGUCAUCUUUGUGACAUUCAGCACGAUAAUUUAGAGGAAGACAUCAGCUAUGACUUUCCAGCUAUUACUUUAUCUCAAUACAGAGAACGGUUUGUUAGAAAAAUUUCUAUUUACUUUGAAAAUUUUGUUUUUGGUAGAUGCGAUGACUUGGAACUGGUUCAAGGUUGUGGUCAAUCGUUUGAGUACCUGUCAAAAAAAUAUGGAAUCAAUAAUAGAAGUUUAUUUGACCAAGUAUAUAAUGUCACACGUCAAUGUCCUUAUGAUGUGAUGCACACUUUGUUAGAGGUAACAUAACGACUUAGAAGUUGUGGUAGCUCAUACGAAGAAUUAUCUUUCAAUAGAACAGGACAGUUUGCUUAUCCAAUGUGAAGCAGCUGUUUUCAACAUUAAAAAACUUAAAAGAUCUUGACAAACUAAAAAAGAAUUCUGAAUGUUUAGAGUCAUGACGCCAGUUGUCUUCUUUCGAACACUACUUAAACAAUCUUUUCUGAAUCUAAUCACGUUCUAUUAGGCAAAAGAAUAAUAAGAAAAUAAUUAUGAAAGUUUUACAAUUUUUAUUCAUAUAAGAUUUUGAUAAAAAACUAGAUAAUUUUGAGCAAAUUUCACAAACUGAAUGUAUCUAGAACUUUUUCGUCUGUUAUUUUAAGGGUGUGCUUCCUAAUCAUCUCAAUGCAUUCUUGGAUUUUUGUGUAGCAAAAGGCUACUUUACCAUGAAUGAAUUUUGUCAUCAAGUUAAUAAAUUUCCAUAUGAUGAAACAGAACUGAACUCAAAACCACAUCUUGAUUUAGCAGCUGAUGAACUAAAAAAGCAAAACAAUUUGGGAAUGCCGCUUACAUCAAUGUAGAUAUUCUAUUUAUUUAUUAAUUUACCUUUCAUUCUAAAAAGACUGCUGCAUUCAUCAGACUUUCCACAAUAUCGAGCAAUUUUAAUCUGUGUGGACAUUCUCUCAUUGUGUUUUGCAACUACAAUUAAUGAUACUACACCUAAUCAAUUACAUCAUUUUAUAAAUAUGCAUAAUGAUCAAUUUAGAAAACUAUAUCCAGGGAAAAUGAAAUUUAAAUUCCAUUUUAUGACUCAUUUUCCAGUAAUAAUGAAAGAUUUUGGACCUUUACCUUAUACAUCAUGCUUAGCAACAGAAAGAAAACAUCAGUUUUUUAAAGGUAACAAAGUUCGGAAUUUAAAGAAUCCUUCAUUAAUGUUAGCUCGAAGACACGAAUUAUGGAUUUGCAUUAAUGAUCAUUCUCAUGAUGGAUCAUUAUCACAUACAGCUCUCUCAAAUGGUUCUCACGGAGUGCUUGACAAUCGACAACCAAUUACUGAUGGGCAAAUCCAAUUUGUUAUUUCAAAUCUGCCGAAAUUACCAUUCAAACCACUGUCUACAUUAAAAACCCUGACCGUAAAAGGGUAUAAAUAUUCACAUAAUUCAGUACUUAAUGUUUCUAAGGACCAUUUUCCGUCUUUACCGAUUGUUGGAAAAAUCAAAUGGAUGUUGUAUGAUGGUAAUAGCUGCGCGCUAAUUUGUAAUAUGUAUACAGUUAAAGGUUAUGUGCAACAAUUAAGGGCGUUUGAAGUUCAAGAAACGAACAAAAUGGAUUGUUUCAUUCUUGAUGAUAUUUCUUAUAAGAAACCUUUAAAACUAGUUUGUUUAAAUGGUUCAUUUUAUUUUCCUUUACAUCCCUAUGGCAAAUCUUUUACUACUAUAUAAAUGUUCUUUUGAUAAUUUUUCUUUAUUUCUUCUCACUUUAACAUCUUUUACCAAAUAAACUCUUUUAAAAGAUUGGAUUAAACUUACUUGUUCAAUUCGAGUAUAUUCAUUGAUUUAAACAACAAAUAGCAGCACAAAAAAGUUUCCUGAAACGGAGUAAUCUAAUAAGAAAUUAGAAUACAAUAUGUAACUUACCUAUAAUCAAUAUUGUAUACUUUUAAAAACUAAAAUGACACAAUUGCACCAUAAACACGAUAAUUCUAUAGAAGAAAAUAAAAUUAAGAAACUUGAGACAGUUAAAACAUACUUGACAACACCAAUUAAAUAUUUAAAGCUCAAUAAACCAACAGCACACAGAAAGUACCAGCAAAAUAUAAUUUAUGUAAAAGAAAAAAAAUAUUAAAUAAAUUUAAAGUAAUACGUAUAACGUACUUAUUUCUUUUUAUAUAAUUUUGUUGAAUAAAAGUCAAAAUCAACGUCGAUAACCAAAAGAACAAUUAUCUACAAAUAAAAUUAAGACACUUACAUAAAACAUGCUUGAUCACUUACAGCAAAUAUUUUAUAAUAAAAUAAAACAACAGAAUAUAGAGAGCAGCACGAAAUAUAUGAUUUAUCUAAAAGAAAAAAAAAUAAUAAAUAACUAUAAAGUAAUAGCUACAACUUACUUAUUUAUUUCUAUAUAAUUUUGUUGAAUCAGAGUGAAAAUUAACACGGAGAACAAAACAAUGAUUAUCUACAAGAAAAUAAUAUUAGUAAACUA